AGCCCCCUUCUCUGUUGAGAAGAGUAGAGCUGGUGGAUGGCGGAGGCGAUGACUGCGGGAAGGGGACGGGGGAUGUGGAGGUUCGUCCUCAAGCGGACGGCAUGAAGGAAGUAUCUCUGCUCCACAGCCGUCACUGCCAUGUUCUCGAGAUCCGUUUGUCCAGCACGAGCAGCCAUGUACUCCUGCAACGCCACCUCUCCCCUCCCAAAUCUCUUGGAUUUCUUUCCCGUUUUGAUGGGAUACGAUGCGGCCAGUCGCGGACCGUUCGCCUGCAUCGGCCAGGGCGCUCGCAUGCGUCGAGCAGCCAACCUUCCGCUAUGAAGUUGCUCUGCUCCUGGUCUUUCCCUGCUCUUCGCGAUAUGCUUGAUUUGGCCGCCGCCGCCCCACUUCGUCCGGAUACGGCACCACAGCGCCGGCCCCGCAACUGGGAAUGGAAGGGCGUCGGCCGAUGCCGAUCUAUGGUGGUGUGGCCCUGUGCUGUCCCAGGUGCAGGAAUCGCCGGCUGCAAGCACAGCGUGACCUCCACCCUGAUGAGUGAUGAUUCUGCCAUUAAAAAGAGCUGGUUACAUUGGUCAGACGGGCUGAUCCAUUUUCCAAAGCGCAUGCUCAUUGGUUUUGUAUACCUGAUCAAUUUGCUCCCUGAUCAGUGAUAUGUAUGACCUAUAAAAGCUUAUAAAAAGCCAGCUACAUAUGCCAGAUUAGCGGAUUGGUACCAACCUGGGAAUGUGGAGUACAAAACUCACGAUGCUUUAUAAGUACUUCAUCAGAUAUUGGUCUAUACAAUGGAGAUCUAUACAAUUGAAUUGGUUG